ACCACUUUUCCUUUUAAAUGAAGUCAUCGACUCACCUUCCGGCAUCGCGCAUCUCGUCGCGGACGAAAUCGACAACUUCGAACGCUCGAAAACCGACCGGGCCUUAGUAGAGGCCGAAAACCGGACAAUGCAGGAUAAUCUGAACCGUUUGAUACACGAUCAGGUGUUUGCGAAACAGAUAACGGAAAUCCCGGAACGUGAGUGGAGAGAAACCGGUGAUUGGUUUGAAAAACCGUACGGAAAUGCGAAUAAUAAUGAAGAAGUGUUUAGGGUUUAUAGCAAGGGUUUAGUGAGUGAAGAAAUGGUUAUGGGGACUAAUGUUAAAAUGUGGUUUGGUGGAAUCGGGGUUGCGAUAUGCGAUACGCGUGAUUGUUGUGUUUUUGAAGUUUGGAAAUCUGUUGGGAGUGAUUGUGGUGGUGAUGUGGUUGAGGUUAAGGCUUUGCUUGAAGCGUUGAAUGUUGCGGUUGAUUUAGGGUUGAAACGUAUACAGGUUUAUUGUGAUGACGGCUCGGUUUAUGGAUAUCUGACUGGUAAAGGGCAACCAACAAACAACAACAUUGUGUCAUUGGUUGAGCAGUUGAAUCUUAUUCAGCGAAAGUUUGCUUAUUGUGGCCCGGUCUUUGUGAGGCAAAACAAUAUCAAGUUUGCUUUUCAACUUGCAAGAGAUGCUAUCAGUUCCCAGGCUACCAAAUUUGCAGAGAAUGCAUCUGGCAAGACAUUACAAGAGGAAUGCUCAAUCUGUUUUGAAUCUAUCUACAGAGGUCAAAUGUUUACCGUUAACAAAUGUCUUCACAGGUAUUGCUUUUCUUGUAUGAGAAAGCAUGUAGAAGCAACAUUGCUUCAAGGGAUGCUGCCUGCAUGUCCACAUGAUAAAUGCAAAUCUGACCUGGAAAUUGAGAGUUGCAAGAAGUUUUUAGAUCAAAAACUAUAUGAUAUUAUGAGCUUACGCGUAAAAGAAGCUUCUAUUCCGCCUACGGAAAAAGUGUAUUGCCCGUUCUCUAAUUGCUCAGCCUUAAUGUCAAAAACCGAAGUCCAAGAAUAUACUGCUACUUCAUCAUCUGCUGCUCAGGGAAUGAGAAAAUGUGUUAAAUGUCGUCGCCGUUUUUGUAUUAAUUGCAAUGUAAUCUGGCAUGAGAAUGUCACAUGUACUGAUUACUUGAAGUAUUUUGCAAAUCAGUCGUCUAGUGAGGCAAAACUGAAGUCUCUUGCAACAAGGAACCAGUGGCGACAGUGUGACAAAUGCAAGAAUAUGGUUGAACUUGCUCAAGGAUGCUACCACAUUUAUUGCAGGCCAAACUGGCUGAAGCUAAAUGGUUUAACUGAAAAAAUAUGUGGGUCAAAUGGCCCAAAGGGUAUCUGA